AUGAGUGUGGUAGGCUUGGUACUCUUGGGGUUGGCUCUGUGGUUCAAGGUCACCACAGCUAAGGCAGAAGAGGGCAGCUUUUGCUCUAAGAACCAAGUGACUUUCAGAGAUGCUUGCUAUGAAUUUGUGCCUCUCGAGCGUACCUUCUAUGGUGCCCAGAGCUGGUGUGAGGUUCAGGGGGGCCAUCUGGUCUUUAUUCAGGAUGAAAGCACUCAGAAGUUUCUGCAAAAGCACAUCUCCCAGGACAGAGAAUGGUGGAUUGGACUCACAGGAAGCUCAAGUCAGAAUGGAACCAUGGAAGGGUCCGGGAUCUGGCUGGACACCUCAAAUGUGAGCUACAGCCACUGGCAAGCCGGGCAAGCUGCUCCUGCCCCCAACACCUGUGGCUAUAUCGGGAGAGAUGCCUCCUCCAGGUGGGCAGCCACAGACAACUGCACCCAGCCCUUCGCCUUCAUCUGCGAGUUUGGUGUGGGCCAGAGCCUGGCCUGCGAGGGCUUCAAUGCCACCAUGCACUGUGGCUCGGGGGAGGUCAUCCAGAUCCAAGAUGCCUUCUACGGGCGCCAGACUCCCCAUUAUUGCACCCAAGAGCCUGGGCACCCCUUUGACCGGGAGGAGGAAUGCAGUUGGGUCAGCGUCAAGGACGAAGUGGCAGGUCAGUGUCAGGGGCUGCAGGCAUGCCAGGUGGCAGCUGACAGAAACUACUAUGGAGACCUGUGCCCCUCCUGGGGCAGCUACUUGUGGGUGCAGUACCAGUGCCGAGAAGGCCUACAGCUGAUGGUGUCCCGGGACGGGGUCGUCUUUGACAAUGUCACCAUCUGCCUGACGUGGCUCCUCUCUCCCUACAAUGGAAACCUGUCCUGUAUAAUCAGCACCGGAGAUGGUCACACUUUUGAUCCCUACUACCCACCCAGUUUGUCCAGCAACGUGAUUCACCAGUUCACAGCUCCUGGAGAAUUCACUGUGUUUGCCGAGUGCACAACCAGUGAGUGGCAUGUGAUGGCUCAGAAGCAAGUGACAAUUCGAGACAAGAUGGAGAGGCUCAGUGUAACUGGGUGCUCUGGCCUAGCUGCAUCAGGAGCCACUCCUCUCUGCCAGUCUGUCUUCAGGGACCCUCUGUGGAUUCAGGUGGAGCUUGAUGGAGGAAAAGGGGUCGUGACUUACACUGUGUUGUUGAGAAACACAAUCCUGGCUGAGUCUGCCACGCAGAGGGGCCCACUCCCCUACAACCUUACCUUGGACAGUGCAGCCCAGGAACAAAUGGGCCCAGGGAUGCAUCACCUGGAGAUCCGAGCCUCCAGCAACACCAGCAUCGCUGCCCUAUCCAGAAACAUCACCGUCUGCCUUGUGGAGCCUCUGUCGGGGCUGCAAGCCUCCUGGGCCUCUGACCAGCUACAGCUGGGGCAGGACUUACUGGUUAACGUCUCAGUGGCUCAAGGCAUCCCAGAGAGGCUGACCUUUGAGAUGGUGGGACUCAAUGUAACUUUCUCUUAUGAGGAAGAUAGUCUUGGGGGAUCAUUUGGCAUUUACCACCUGGCAGUUCCUUUUGAAGGCUCCUUUCUGGUCACUGUGGUGGUGAGGAAUGCCUUCUCCAACUUGAGUUUGGAAAUUGGAAGCAUCACUGUCACAGCUCCUUCUGAUCUCCAAGGACCAUAUGGAAUAAAUGCUGAGGGAAAAAAUAAAGAUAAAGGGCAUGUGGAGCUGUACAUGGAACCUGGUCCGUACGUGGAUCCUUUCACAACAGUGACUUUGGGCUGGCCGGACAGUGACGAGGACCUGCGUUUCCAGUGGUCGUGUGGACGCUGCUGGGUUCAGUGGGGUAACUGUGUUGAGAGGAAGCUGAUCCACACAGACCAGAGGGAGCUGGUGGUUCCGCCAUCCUGCCUGCCCCCACCUGGCUCCGCCGUGACCCUGCGCCUGGCCAUCGGGAGAGGCCAGGAGCCGGAUAAGCAGAAGGAGCAGUGCCUCUAUGUGUCUGCACCUCUGGAACUCAAGCCUCAAGUCAGCUGUGAGAAGAACUGCAGGCCAGUGAAUGCUAGUGGCAAUGUCAUGCUCAGGGUCACCAUGGCGGAUGAUUUCCCAGGAGCCAUGUUCACCUGGUACUUAGAUGUCACCCCAUCGGAGAAGGCUGAAAGCCUGCCGGCGAUCUGCAGACUUCCAGGACUCUGGCCCCAUUCUUUAACCCUCCUUCAGAGGGACACAUCCACGCUGCUGCUGAACAGCUCCUUCCUGCAGACUUGGGGCGAGGCCAUCCGGAUCCGAGUCACAGCAGUGACCAGGCAUGCCUAUGGGGAGGACACCUAUGUCAUCAGCUCUCUGCCUCCCCCCGAGGUGCCCACCUGCACCAUUGUCCCAGAGGUGGGCACCAUUCUGACAAGCUUUGCCAUCUUCUGCAAUGGCUCCACCUCCCUGGGCCCCCUGCAGCACUGCUUCUGUCUGGAAUCAGGUUCCUGUCUGCACUGUGGCCCUGAACCUGACCUCCUGUCAGUUUAUCUGCCACUGGGAAAAGAAAACAAUGACUUUGUGCUGACAGUGGUCAUUUUCGUCUCCAAUGGAGUGGGUGACACACGGCAGAUCCAUGCAGCGGUGAAGGUGGGACUUGGAGACGCCCGUGUUGAGGAUGUGGCAUUCCAGGCCGCAGUGUCUGAAAAAAUCACUGUUGCUCUGCAAGAUGAGCAGGGUCCUGAGAGACUCUUCCAGCUAGUCAGGUCCGUGUCCUCCAUGCUGGACCAGGAGCGCCAGGGGCAAGGCUCUGGGCAGUCGCCAGGAAUGGACGCCAGACAGAAGGUCAGAGAACGCAUGCUGGUAUCACUAUCUUCAAUCACUGCCACCCUGGGGGACAUGCAGAGGGUGCACGGGCUGGCCAAGGUAUUGAGAGAGGUGACCCACCACAGUGAGGAACUCUCGCCCUUGGCCCAGUGGGAGGCCAGCUGGGUGUUGCAGCAUGCCAGUGAGGCCCUGUUGGCAGCGAGUGCCAAGGCCCAUCCUGAGGACCAGAGGCGCAAGGUGGCCACGAGGGACCUGUUUCAGGCUGUGGGCAGCGUGUUGGAAGCUUCCCUGAGGAACAAACCAGAAGAGACUGAGGAGGCCAGUGAUACCCAAAUGGCACCUGUGCCCCAGCUGCUCGGAGCUGUUGAGCGGCUGCAGGCUGCCCUCCUGCUGGGGAGGCUACCCGGGGGCCCUCCAGUCACGUUGACUGCCCCCUCCAUCGUGGUGUACACAAACAGAAUCCAGCCCCGGAGUUGGUGGAGCUCCUCCAUACACGUUGCUGCUGUCAACUCUGCCACCUUCACCCUGCCUGCCGCCUCCUCCCUGGGCUUUGAGGAUGCUCAGGAUCCUGUGGACAUAAGGAUGAUGAGCUUCCCAAAGAGCCCUUUCCCAGCCCAAAAUCACUUUGACGUCAGUGGAACCAUUGGUGCCCUCUGUCUGACCAGCCCUAGUGGACAGCGUGUCCCUGUGAAGAACAUGUUGGAGAAUGUUGAGAUCCUCCUGCCUCGGCUUUCAGAAGGGCACAGUGAACCAGCUGUGUUGAACCUGACCCGACCCGAAGCUUUGUGGGUGAACCUGACAUCCACAGGGGCAGCUUUGGGGAUCCAUCUGCACUGGAGACCAGAUGUCCCUCUCGUGCUUAGCCUGGGCUUUGGCUACCACCCCAAUGAGUCCAGCUUUGACGCCAAAGUUCGCCUUCCACCAACAGCUGAUCCAGAAUGGUCAUCCACAUGGAUCCUGAGCCUAGAGGACCUGCAGUUUGGAGAAGGUGUCUACUAUCUGACUGUGGUCCCGGAGUCUGAUUUGGAGCUGAACGGCAGCAGAGAUCUCACAGUUGGCAUCACCACCUUCCUGUCCCAUUGCGUGUUCUGGGAUGAAAUCCAGGGGACUUGGAACAACUCUGGGUGCCAGGUGGGGCCACGGACCACUCCAUCCCAGACACACUGCCUAUGCAACCACCUCACCUUCUUUGGAAGUACAUUCCUGGUGAUGCCCAAUGCUGUUGACGUCCGCAAGACCGCCGAGCUCUUCACCACCUUCGAGGAGAACCCCGUGGUGGUGACCACUGUGGGCUGCCUUUGUGUGGUCUAUGUGCUGGUGGUAAUCUGGGCACGGAGAAAGGAUACUCAGGAUCAGGCCAAGGUGAAGGUCACAGUGCUGGGGGACAAUGAUCCCUUUGCUCAGUACCACUACCUGGUGACAGUCUACACCGGACACCGGAGGGGGGCAGCCACUUCCUCAAAGGUGACUGUCACCCUCUAUGGGCAGGAUGGAGAGAGUGAGCCCCACCACCUGUCAGAUCCCAACACCCCAGUUUUCGAGAGAGGAGGAGUGGAUGUCUUCUUACUCUCCACCCUGUUCCCCCUGGGAGAACUGAGGAGUCUGCGGCUGUGGCAUGACAACUCAGGGGACCAGCCAUCCUGGUACGUGAGCCGGGUGCUGGUGCAUGACCUGGCGAGGGACAGGAAGUGGUAUUUCCUCUGCAACUCCUGGCUGUCCAUUGAUGUCGGAGAAUGUGUCCUUGACAAAGUGUUUCCAGUGGCCACAGAGGAGGACAGGAAACAAUUCCGCCACCUGUUUCUCAUGAAGACCUCCAUGGGCUUCCAGGAUGGACACAUCUGGUACUCCAUCUUCAGCUGCUCAGCUCGGAGCAACUUCACCCGCGUCCAGAGGGUGUCCUGCUGCUUCUCCCUGCUGCUCUGCACCAUGCUGACCAACAUCAUGUUCUGGGGUGUCCCCAAGGACCCAGCUGAGCAAAAGAUGGACUUGGGUAAAAUUGAAUUCACUUGGCAGGAAGUGAUGAUUGGGCUGGAGAGUUCUCUCCUCAUGUUCCCCAUCAACUUCCUGAUAGUUCAGAUCUUUCGAAACACCCGUCCUCGGGCCAUUAAGGAGCAGAACUCUGGGAAAUUGGUCCAAGGGCCCCACAGCCUGGUCCCCUCACUGCAGUCUGUGGAAGAUGACCUUCUGACAACUGAAGCGGUGACCAAGGAUGUGUGGAGACUCGUCAGUUCCCUGUUCAAAGCCCUGAAGGUGCCAUCCCCUGCCCUGCACAGUGACUCCACAAACAUGAUGGACAUCAACCAACUGCUGGCCUUGGUGGAAGAUGUUUGUCUGCAGAAUAUGGCAGAGCAGAUGUCCUUGGAGGAAGCCAAGUUGAGGGAGGACCCUUUAACACUCACUGUGAAGCCUGUGCAAGAAAAAGAAAAAAGACAACUCGUCACCCCUGAGGAGGGCCUAAGUGACCCCUGGAAGGACAGUGUCUUUAGGAGGUGUCUCUACCUUCAGCUGGAGCAUGUGGAGCAGCUCCUGCGGCUGGUGGGGCUCCAUCAGGGCUUCUCCCAGAGCCAAAGCCACAUCCGGGCCCUCAGGCAGCUGCAGACCCUGAAGGGCUGCCUGGGGGGACAGGGGGACACUCCACCCCUGGUUCACAUCAGCUCCCCUUGGGCAAGCAGGCCCCCUCGAGGCCUGCCCUGGUGGUGUGUCCUGGUGGGCUGGCUCUUGGUGGCGGCCACCAGCGGUGUGGCAGCCUUCUUCACCAUGCUCUACGGCCUGCACUACGGGAGGGCCCGCUCCCUCCGGUGGCUCAUCUCCAUGGCUGUGUCCUUCAUGGAGAGCGUGUUUGUCACCCAGCCCCUGAAGGUGCUGGGGUUUGCUGCCUUCUUCGCACUGGUCUUGAAGAAAGUGGAGGAUGAGGAGGAGCCUGUGGGCCCCCUCCCGGGACAUCUGCCCAGCACAGACCCCUCUGCCUUGUUCCGAACCCGAAGAAACAGCAGACGGGACAUCUACCAGCCGCCUCUGGCCGCUGACAUUGAGAAGAUGAAAAGCACCCACCGCAAGGAACAGAAAGCAUUUGCCCUUAUCAGAGAAAUACUGGCGUACCUAGGCUGCCUGUGGAUGCUGCUGCUGGUGGCCUACGGGCAGCGGGACCCCAGUGCCUACCACUUCAACAGACACCUGGAACGCAGCUUCACCCAGGGCUUUGCUGGCGUGCUGGGUUUCCGGGACUUCUUCACGUGGGCCAACACCACCCUCAUGAACAACCUGUACAGUCAUCACCCAGGCUUUAUCACUGAUGGAAACUCCAAGCUGGUUGGCAGUGCACAGAUUCGCCAAGUGAGGGUUCGUGGAAACUCCUGCUCUCUUGCUUGGCAGCUUCAGGAUUCUCUUGAUGGGUGCCAUGCGCCAUAUUCCCUGGACGUUGAAGAUAUGUCAGACUACAGGGAAGGCUGGAAUGCCUCCAUCCUCAAUGCCAGCAAUGGCUUUUCCCAGGCUUGGCAGUACCAGAGCCAGCAUCAGCGCCGAGGCUAUCCCAUCUGGGGCAAACUCUCAGUGUACCGGGGAGGGGGUUACGUGGUCCCCUUGGGGACUGAUCGCAAGAGCACUUCAAGAAUUCUCCAGUAUCUCUUUGACAACACCUGGCUGGACAGCCUGACCAGAGCCGUGUUUGUGGAAUUCACUGUCUACAAUGCCAAUGUCAACUUGUUCUGCAUCGUCACUCUGACCCUGGAGACCAGUGCCCUGGGAACCUUCUUUGCUCAUGCAAACCUGCAGAGUCUGCGCCUGUACCCCUUCACUAACGGCUGGCAUCCCUUCCUGGUGGCUGCAGAGGUGGUCUACUUCCUGUUCCUCCUCUACUACAUGACCGUGCAGGGCAGGCUCAUGAGGAAGCAGAAGUGGUGUUAUUUCUGCAACAAGUGGAAUCUGCUGGAACUGGCCAUCAUCCUGGCCAGCUGGAGUGCCCUGGUGGUGUUUGUAAAGAGGGCCAUACUGGCGAAGCGUGACAUCCAGCGCUACCGGGACCACAGGGAGCAGGUGAUCAGUUUCAGUGAGACAGCAGCAGCAGAUGCUGCCCUUGGUUACAUCAUUGCCUUCCUGGUACUCCUGUCCACAGUGAAGCUUUGGCAUCUGCUCAGGUUGAACCCCAAAAUGAACAUGAUCACGUCAGCCCUGCACCGUGCCUGGGGGGACAUUUCGGGCUUUAUCACUGUCAUCCUUAUCAUGCUCCUGGCUUACUCCAUCACGUCAAACCUAAUAUUUGGUUGGAAACUCCGUUCCUACAAAACCCUCUUUGAUGCGGCAGAAACAAUGAUCAGUCUUCAGAUAGGAAUCUUCAACUAUGAGGAGGUCCUGGACUCCAGCCCAGUGCUUGGUUCCUUUCUCAUUGGGUCCUGCAUCAUUUUCAUGACGUUUGUGGUGCUGAAUCUGUUUAUCUCUGUCAUCCUGGUAGCUUUCCAUGAAGAACAAAAAUACUAUCUGCUGACAGAGGAAGGAGAGAUUGCUGAUUUGUUGUUGAUGAAAAUACUCAGUUUUCUGGGCAUGAAAUGUAAAAGAGGACAGGAGCCUGGAAGCAGUGGUGAGCAUUCGGGGUUGCUGUCAGAGGCUCGGCCCCCUGAAGCUGCACCAGCAGGCUCCUGAGUCUAAGUGGU